GAUAAGUGUGGCCAAGACCAUCUCUACGUGGGUGACGUUCUCCCCUGAGGAGCAAUCCCCUUUUGCUGGACAUGCGUACAGAACCACGGUGCCAUGGACCCGAAGGAGAAGUGUCAGGAUGAGAUGACCUCAAGUUUGGGCCUUACCACAAAAAAGGCCCUCACAAUCCUGAGAGAUCAGUUGUCAGCGCUGCUGGAGGGACAUCAGAAGGAACGGAAAAAAGUGACUUCCUGGAAGGAGGUGUGGAGGAGCAGCUUUCUGUACCAUGGUAACCGUUGCUCCUGUUUCCACUGGCCUGGAGCAUCUCUCAUGCUUCUGGCAGUGCUGUUGCUGCUGUGCUGCUAUGGAAGCCAGCCACAGGGGAGCCAAGGUGCUGAGAUAGUUAAUGCCCUGGCACUCUUCCUCCUUCUCCUCCUGGACCUCUUCAUGAUCGGGCGGCAAGAGAGGCUGAAGUGCAGAGAGGUGGAGAGGAGACUUCAGACAAUCAUUGAUAAGAUAAAUGAUACACUUGGCAAAGAGGUGAAAUGGCCAGACUCCAUGUACCCCGACCUUCACAUGCCUUAUGCCCCAUCUUGGUCCCUCCAUUGGGCCUACAGGGAUGGUCAUCUUGUCAAUCUACCCGUGAGCCUGUUAGUAGAAGGAGAUGUCAUUGCUUUGAGGCCAGGCCAGGAGUCAUUUGCUUCUCUGAGAGGGAUUAAGGACGAUGAGCACAUUGUUCUGGAGCCAGGAGAUCUUUUCCCACCUUUCUCACCUCCACCUUCCCCGCGAGGAGAAGUGAAGAAGGGACCUCAGAAUCCUCAGCUGUAUCGUCUCUUCCGUGUCCUGAAAACCCCAAUAAUUGAUAAUGUGAGGUGGUGUCUGGAAAUGGCUUUGUCACGUCCUGUGACAGCCUUGGAUAAUGAGAGAUUCACUGUGCAGUCAGUAAUGCUGAAGUACGCGGUCCCCAUUGUACUGGCGGGCUUCCUGAUCACCAACGCUGUGCGCUUCAUUUUCCAAGCUCCUGGAAUUGCCUCUUGGCAGUACACUCUUCUCCAGCUACAGGUGAAUGGUGUCCUGCCCAUCCUUCCACUGCUCUUUCCUGUCCUGUGGAUUCUUGCUACAGCCUUUGGAGAAGCCAGAGUCUUGGCCCAGAUGAGCAAGACCUCAUCCACCUCCCUGCUUGCUAAGUUUUCAGAGGACACUCUCAGCAGCUACACAGAGAUGGUAUCUUCUCAGGAAAUGAUACGCUGUAUCUGGAGCCACUUCCUGUGUGUUUUAAAAGGCAAAUCUCCAACUCUGAGCUUCACCUCCAGCUUGCUCCAUAGUUUGGGAUCCGUCACUGUGCUCUGCUGUGUAGACAAGCAGGGAAUUCUUUCCUGGCCAAACCCCAGCCCAGAGACUGUUCUGUUCUUCAGUGGGAAGGUGGAACCACCUCAUGAUAGCCAUGAAGACCUGACUGAUGAGCUCUCUACACGGUCCUUCUGCCACCCUGAGAUGGAAGAAGAGCCCCAUGAAAGAGAUGCUUUGCUCUCUGGCCCCCUGGCAGACACAGUCCAUGUCACCAAUGAGCAAGAGAGAAACAACUGGUCUAGUGACCCUCCAAAGGCUCCCGAUGCCCAUGCCCACCGAAAGCCAAACAGCAGAAGCAAGCAUCCCUCUGGGUCCAAUGUGAGUUUUAGCAAGGACACGGAGGGUGGAGAGGAGGAACAUACUCAGGCUGGUGGUGGUGACAGUGAGGUGCUGGCCUGUGAGGCUGAAGACUUUGUGUGUGACUACCACCUGGAGAUGCUUAGCCUGUCCCAGGACCAGCAGAACCCCUCCUGCAUCCAGUUUGAUGAUUCCAACUGGCAGAUGCACUUGAAUUCCCUCAAGCCCCUGGGCCUGAAUGUGCUGCUCAACCUCUGCAAUGCCAGUGUGACGGAGCGGCUGUGCCGCUUCUCCGACCACCUCUGCAACAUCGCCCUGCAGGAGACUCACAAUGCUGUGCUGCCUGUUCACGUGCCCUGGGGCCUCUGUGAGCUUGCCAGGCUGAUAGGUUUCAUGCCGGGUGCCAAAGACCUUUUCAAGCAGGAGAACUAUUUGGCCUUAUAUCGCUUGCCAAGUGAUGAGGUGGUUAAGGAGACGAUACUGGGGAAGCUUUCGUCCAUCACCAAGAGGAGACCACCUCUGAGCCACAUGAUCAACCUGUUUGUGAAGGACACCACUACCAGCACUGAGCAGAUGUUUUCCCAYGGGACAGCCGACAUCAUCCUCGAGGCCUGCACGGACUUUUGGGAUGGCACUGAUAUCUACCCCCUCUCUGGCUCUGACAGGAAGAAGGUGCUGGACUUCUACCAGCGGGCCUGCCUCUCGGGGUACUGCUCUGCCUUCGCCUACAAGCCCAUGCACUGCGCCCUGUCCUCCCAGCUCAACGGCAAGUGCAUAGAGCUGGUGCAGGUGCCCGGGCAGAGCGCUAUCUUCACCUGCUGCGAGCUGCCYGGGACCACCCCCAUCAAGCAGAGCAGUCGGAGGAACAGUUGGAGCUCGGACGAAGGGAUUGGGGAAGUGAUGGAGAAAGAAGAUUGCAUCCAGGCUCUGAGCGGACAGAUCUUCAUGGGGAUGGUCUCGUCUCAGUAUCAGGCCCGUCUUGACAUUGUCCGCCUCAUUGAUGGAUUGGUCAAUGCCUGCAUUCGUUUUGUCUACUUCUCCUUGGAAGAUGAGCUCAAAAGCAAGGUGUUUGCUGAGAAGAUGGGUCUUGAGACUGGCUGGAAUUGCCACAUCUCUUUAACACCCAAUGGGGAUGUGCCUGGCUCAGAGAUUCCUCCCUCGAGCCCCAGCCACGCCGGCUCUCUGCACGAUGACCUUCAUCAGGUUUCUCGAGAUGAUGUGGAGGGGCUUCUGCUGAUGGAGGAGGAAGGGCACUCGGAUCUCAUCAGCUUUCAGCCCACAGACAGUGACAUCCCCAGCUUCCUGGAGGACUGUAACAGGGCCAAACUUCCCCGCGGGAUUCACCAAGUGAGACCUCAUCUGCAGAACAUAGACAACGUGCCUUUGCUGGUGCCACUCUUCACUGACUGCACCCCAGAGACCAUGUGUGAGAUGAUCAAGAUCAUGCAGGAGUAUGGGGAGGUGACCUGCUGUCUGGGAAGCUCUGCUAACCUGCGGAACAGCUGCCUCUUCCUGCAAAGUGACAUCAGUAUAGCACUGGACCCUCUGUACCCUUCCCGCUGCUCCUGGGAGACCUUUGGCUACGCCACCAGCACUACCAUGACUCACAUCUCCGAGGAGCUCACCCCGCUGCAGCUCUCAGGACAGCUGAACAGCCUGCCUUGCUCCAUGUCCUUUCGCCAAGAAGAGAGCACCAGCAUCAUCAGGCUGAUAGAGCAGGCCAGACACGCGACGUACGGGAUCCGCAAGUGUUUCCUCUUUCUGCUGCAGUGCCAGCUGACCCUGGUCAUCAUUCAGUUCCUCUCCUGCCUGGUGCAGCUGCCCCCGAUCCUCAGCACCACGGACAUCGUGUGGCUCUCCUGUUUCUGCUACCCGCUGCUCAGCAUCUCACUCCUGGGCAAGCCCCCCCACAGCUCCAUCAUGACCAUGGCAACGGGAAAAAACCUGACCUCCAUUCCCAAGAAGACUCAGCACUACUUCCUCUUCUGCUUCCUGCUGAAAUUCAGCCUGACCAUCUGCUCCUGCCUCAUCUGCUUUGGGUUCACGCUGCACGAGUCCUGCAAAGAGGUGAACACUACCAGCCUCAAUCUCACAGCCUGCUCCUCCAUCAUGCUGUACAGCAAUGCCGAUGGUGCUCCUGACUGGUUUGGGAUGUUUUCCAAUGCCCUUCUUGUAGCCCAGAAGCUUGUGGCCGGCCUGAUUGUCCUGCACACAGUGUUCAUAUCCAUCACCCACGUCCAUCGCACCAAGCCGCUGUGGAAGAAGAGCCCCUUCUCCAACCGCUGGUGGACGCUCACCGUGGCCGUCGUGUUGCUGGGGCAAGUGGCACAGACUGCGCUGGACCUGAAACUCUGGGAAAACCUCAGUUCUCCACUGACCUUUAGCUCUGUUCCCAUCUCUCCAGUCUCAUGGCUCCUGGGUUUUCUUUCCCUUGUCCUUGUGGUUAUCAUCAAUGAGAUUGUCAAGCUGCAUGAAAUCAGGGUCCGAGUCCGCUACCAAAAGAGGCAGAAGCUGCAGUUUGAAACAAAGCUGGGGAUGAAUUCUCCGUUUUAGCCCCUCCAGCUCGAGCUCCCUGGGCUGCGCAGCUGCAUCCCUACGGAGCAGGAGGCUCCGGGAGUUUCCCCUCGCACAUGCAAACCAGGUGGCCUCCUUGCAAAACCCCACGAGCAGCUUGUGGGGGGACCGGGGCAGGGCCCUGCUUGGGGGUCCCCCGGCAGGUUCGCAGCCUUCCCCUGCCCACGGCUGCAGCAGCCUGCAGGCUCCGCUGGCUGCUCCGCCUGCUCUUCCUUUAUUUAUUUAUUACCAGAGGUUUUUUGUGAGUAUCGUGGUGAUGCUGAAAUGAAGCGAUUCCUUCUCGCUGUGUGAGCAGAUGGAGUUUCCUGGGCCUGCCAGGAGAAUCUGGGCCAGCAGGGUUGGCAGGGGGCUGCCGAGGCACAAAAGCUCUGUUGAAAUUCCCUUUCCCUCCUUCCCUGUGCUCCUGGCUGCGUGUGCACACGCGCACGCCUGUGCAUGGCCCUGUCCACCUCUGGGGCCGGCGUCCCGGGACCUGCCCUCCAGUGCCGCUGCUCUGUUGGACAGGAGAGCAGCAAGGGCCCUAAGAACAAGUGUCUGCGCCUUCCCCUCGUGCUUUGGAGCACAGGGAGCUGGAGGGCAGCUCUGCGUGGCYGUAGGGAGGCAGCCCAGCCUCCUGCAGCCCCCCUGGAUCUGCUCCCGCUCUUAGAGGAGCUGCCACGAGGUAGGUUUGGAGCUGGCCUCGUCUUGCUCGAGAGGGCAACAGCAAUAGUUGUAGAUAAAGCCUAAGCCCUGCCUGUCCUGCCCUGGGGGAAGUGUCUUUGUGGGCAGCGUUUCCGCAUCUGCUGGUUGUAAAUAACRUGGAGCUGGGGGCGCCUCCCUCCCCAGCCUGCGACGCUGCCCCAUUCUUGCUGGAGCCCCCCACAAUCAGGUCUCCUGUGCGAGAGCUUGGGAGCGUCCUGCCCUAGUGCUGCCCUCCCAGCUCUUCCCUCCUUGCCUGGAGGUCUCUCUCUCUUCUCCUCCUCCUGGGGGAGCCUUUCCUGGGCUUGUGCAGGUGCCAGCCCUGGUUUCCACCAGCGCCACACAGGGGCACUUAAGAUUUUGGAAGACUCUGCUGCCCCUGUGCGCUCGGGCCAUCAGGGCCACAGGGGAGCUCCCAGGACCCUCACAGCCAGGGAAGCUCUCCGCUCCCUCCUUCAUUCUGAGACCUGAGCGACUCGGGCAAACCCCGGCGCUGUUUCUGCUUCCAAUGCAACUCCACACUACACGGCCGCGGUUCCCCGCGCGCACACGAGGCAAACAAACGGCUGCGGCUCCUUCCUGGAGGGCAGGGAGCUGCAGCCCCCUGGCCCGGCCCUCCCGCUGCCCGUCGUCUUCCUCGCGUUUCCACGAGGGCAGGGAGCUCGCACGGCGCCGCACAGCGCAGCACCCACCUCUGAGCAAUACCCUCCUCCCCGGCCCUGGCCCCGGCUGCUCUCCCGUCCCGAAGAGCCGGCUCUGGCGCCAGGGAAUCCGGCUGCUYUUUGUGAUCCGCCAGCUGCCCGGCRGGUGGGACACGCGGGACACRUCCUCCUCCAGCCACGGAGCUGCUGUUCCACAGAGCCACGUCUGCCCCGCGUGGGGCUCCUGCUCUGGUGACAAAAGGCAGCAGCUCC